AUGGAGUGUAACAAAGAUGAGGCUAUCAGGGCCAAGGGGCUUGCAGAAAAGAAGAUGGUGAAUAAUGAUUUUGAAGGGGCACGAAACAUUGCAUUGAAGGCCAGAAACUUAUAUCCAGAACUAGAAAACAUUUCCCAGCUAAUUACAGUUUGUGAGAUGAAGCAACUAUCCGUAAACAAUACCGAAAAACUUGCACUUGUACUUCAUCCUGAUAAGAACAAAUUCCCUGGUGCUGAAGCUGCUUUUAAACUUAUUGGUGAAGCAAAUAUGAUACUUUCAGAUAAAGGAAAAAGGUCUCUAUAUGAUGUUAAAUGUAGACAACCCAUGAAAGCUCCUGCAACAAAGCCUCAAAGGCCUCAAAAUUAUGGUUCAUAUGCUAGAAAACAGUUUUCAGGUCAAACCAACUUCAAUGAUGUCCCGAGUUCUCACUUCAAUGGUGUGAAUCAUCAUCAACAACCACCACCAGUUUCAAGCCUUCGGCCAUCUUUCUGGACUUAUUGCCCUUUUUGCAACAUAAAAUACGAGUACUACAGAGAGUUUGUGAACAGACCUUUGAGGUGUCAGCAUUGCUCAAAGCUCUUCAUUGCCUAUGACAUAAGUGCAGCAGGGGGAGUUCCUGGAGCCCGUUUUGUGAAUGAGGAGAAUCAAAGUGCAAAUCUUGGAUCCAACAGAGCUCAACCACAACCACCCUUUUCUCACACGGAAGAGGUGAAGAGACGUGAAAAAGUCAAAGUCAAUAUACAAAAAGAUGGGCAGUCUAGUCAUUUUACACAUCAGACUUCAAAUACAAAAACUGAAGCUACUGGAGUUGGUGGUAGUUCUAAAACUGUACCGAAGGGCAUGAAAACAGAACCCUCUAAAGACACAAAGAAGAAGAGAGGAAGAAAGAUUGGAGCAGAAUCUGAAAAAUCUUCACGCCAAAAACCACAAGUUUCUUACAAUGAAGAUGCUGCAUUCGAUGAGUCGAGCCCUCAAAAAAGAUCACGGAAAUCAUCAGAUGAUGUUGAAGAUGUGAAAACCAAAAAGGAAAAGGAAAAAGUGUCUGGUAAUGCUGAUGUGGACAAGGAAGGUGAUGGAAGCAUGCCAAAUGGCAACCAUGUGAAUCUUGAUGAUGAUGAUGAUGAUGAUGAUGAUGAUGAUAGUAAGUCUGAUUCAGAACCAGAGUUUGUAAACUGCCCGGAUUUAGAAUUCAGUAAUUUUGACAAAGAUAAAGAAGAAGAUCGAUUUGCAGUUGACCAAAUCUGGGCAUGUUAUGAUUCUAUCGAUGGGAUGCCAAGAUUCUAUGCAAAAAUUAGGAAAGUUUUCAAAACCCAAUUUAAGUUGAAGAUCACAUGGUUAGAGGCUGACCCAGAUGAUGAAUCUGAAAUAAAAUGGGCAGAAGAAGGGUUACCCGUUGGAUGUGGGAAAUUUAUGGGUGGUGAAUCAGAGGAAACAAAAGAUCGUCUCAUGUUCUCUCAUCAGAUAGUUUAUAAAAAACGGUUUGAAGAGAAUUCUGUUGUUAUUUAUACCCCAAAAAGGUGA